UGAAUUGUGGGCAAUCAUUGGUCCUCCGAGCUUUUCGAGUCUGCUGCUCCACCAUUGGAAAAGAUGGCUGCCUCGGCUCCAUCGGCGGGUUUCUCCUCCGAUUUGUGCCCAAGCUACGCCGUGAUAUGCUCUUUUCUAGAGCGUUAUGGAGCUUUGCUGGAUCUACCGGAGCUCACAUUCCCGCAGUUGGAGAGAUAUCUCCAAGACACAUCUUCAGUUCCAAAGCUCUUGGUGGACCUUCAUGUGAAGUUGCUGAGGAAGAUUGGCAAGUCGGUGUCCGCAGACAGAUGGGAGAAGUACAUUGUGAAGGUGUGCCAUGAGUUCAACAGUACCUGGGCAUGGGAACUUGAAAAUAAAGGAUACAAGGACAUGUCUGUGGAGUGCAAGACUGGAAUCCUCAAACACUUAUGUGAGUGCCAGUUUGAUGACAAUGUCAAGUUCAAGACUGCAAUUAAUGAGGAGGAUCCCGAUAAGAUGCGGCUCCAUCCCAUUGGCAAGGACAAGGAUGGCCUAAUGUACUGGUUCCAACUUGACCAGGAUAACAAUGUGAGGGUCUAUGUGGAGGAGCAGGACGACCUGGACGGGUCCUCCUGGAAGUGCAUUGUCAGAGACAGAAACAGCUUGGCUGAGAUCCUGGCACAGCUGAAGACUCAAAUCGACCCAGCACUGUUGACAAAGAAAGAAGGAGAGGAGGAAGAUGGGAACAAGAAGACUGGGGGAGAAGGGGAAAUUAAAAAGACAGAGGCUACCUCAGGGGAUGAAGAGGACAAACCCUCCAAGGAUACAGUUUCUUUAGUGUCCCCUAAAACAGAGAAUACAGAAAAAAAAUCCCCAAAAGAGGAAUCAAAGCUGGACGAAUCAGAUGCCAAAUCCCCAUCGAAUGGCCUCAAAGACAACCAAGUCGAGUCAGAGUCAACAAGACAAUCCGAGAAGCCAAUGGUGGAUGACAAGGCCACCAUUAACACCCAGGCCAUCAAAGAAGAGCCGAUGGAGGUGUCAGAAUCCAAGGAGAGUACAGCCACAAGCUCUGCAGAGCCUCUUGCGGAGAAACAUUGUGUGACGCCACAGACAGAACAGACUGAGGAAGCCAAGAGGAAGACUGCAGAGGAACUCCAAAGGGUGAUGAAGAAUGACCAGCAGGCCAAAAUCCCCUUGAAAAAGAGAGAGAUGAAACUUAGUGAUGAUUUUGAUAAUAGUAGUGGUGGUGGCAGUAGAAUCAUUGUGCGUAACCCAUCUGUUGCUCCUGUCAAAGAAGCUCCUAAAGUUGAGGAGACAAGUAAAGAGGUCUCUGUUGCCUUGGUGGGGACUAUGGAGAUUAAAAGCGAUCAAGUGAAUGGUGAUGCUCAGCCUGUCACAGAAAAAAGUGUCAAUAAGGGGAUGAGAGAAUCUCCUAAAGAGAUGGGAAUACAGAGAGAAUCUGCUGAUAGCAAAGAACAGCAAACACAAGUUGUUGCUAGAGAAGAAUGUGAAGCAGCAGAAGCUAGUGAAAAAGAGAAAACAAAUCUGUCCCUGGACAUGGACAAAAAGGAAGGGGAGAUGGCAAGCAAUGCUGAGGAGCCCAUGGAGGUGGCCAUGGCUGAUGAAACUAACCUACAGAAAACUGUUCCAGCCCCAAAAGCAGAGAAGGAAAGCACUGAAGCACUGAAAAAAUCAUCCCUAAAAGAGGCUAAAUCUUCAUCUCCUCUGACAAAGUCAUUGACUUCAUCUAAGGAUGCAACAAGCACACCGGAAAAGUCCUCUGAUCUUAAAGAGGAACAAAAAGUCAAGGUAUCCAAGUGGGAUGUGAAAGUGCGUCGUACAGAACACAAGACAUCCACAUCAAUAGAAACAGAUAAAAACCCUUUAUCUAGUAAGUCACAGAAACCAGAUGAAACUAAAGGAACAGAUUCAUCCAUUGCAUUUCAAGAGGUAAAUUUGGCUGCCUUUAAGGAAACAGUUGUCCCUAAAGACAGUUGUCCCCUUUCUGUAGUGAAAGAGAUGGAAAAAACAUCCAUUAUAAAAGCCACAGAAAAGUUGUUGAACCCUAAAAACCCUAAAAACCCAGAAACAUCAGUCAUCACUAAACAAACCGAGAGACCUGAUCCCAUUACAGAUAAACCAGAAAGCUCGAAACGCCCUGAGUCGCCAGCAGUCAUAAAAAAUACAGAGAAUCCAUCUAACAAAGAGAGUGCAGAGAAAUGUGAUGGUUCUAACGAUAUUAAAACAUCUUCUGUCAUUAAAAAGACAGAGAUUUCAGAAAAGAGUAAAGAUGCCAAGAACCUGGCCAGCUCUAAAGAGACCAAUACGUCCUCAUUCCUUAAAAAGGCAGACAAACCAGUUCCCAAUAAAGAAGCAGAGAAACUGGAGAGCACUAAUGAGACUAAUAAAUCGUUGGUCAUUAAAAUGACAGUGAAACCAGAGGCAUCUAAACAUACAGAAAAAUGUGAUACCCCUAAAGACAUGUCAGCUCUCACCAAGGAGAAACCUGCUGUCAGUGCUGUAAGCACACAUACAAAUGUUGCCCCUGAGGUGAAGAAAAAAAACGUCCUGGAGAAAGACUCUAAGAAAACAGCCAUCUGUAAAGAUGAGACAAGAGCUGUUGCAGCAGUGACUGAGAAACAAUCUGUCCCUAAAGACGUGGAGAUGGCAGACAUCUUUGAGAAAUCAAACCAAUCACAACUGGAAGGACCGAAAAAGGUAGCGAAAUUGGGUAUCCCUAAAGACACGUUGAAAUCGACAAUGCCUAAAUACGCAGAGAAAUCUGCUAAAUUGGCUACGCCUAAAGACGGCGAGAAAUUGGCUACGCCUACAGACGGCGAGAAAUUGGCUACGCCUACAGACAGCGAGAAAUUGGCUACGCCUACAGACGGCGAGAAAUUGGCUACGCCUACAGACGGCGAGAAAUUGGCUACGCCUACAGACGGCGAGAAAUUGGCUACGCCUAAAGAUACAGAAAAAGUGGCUACGCCUAAAGAUACAGAAAAAUUGCCUAAAUCGGCUACGUCUGAAACUGCUGGGAAAUCUGCUACCCCUAAAGACGCUGAGAAAUCGGCUACCCCUACAGACGCUGAGAAAUCGGCUACCCCUACAGACGCUGAGAAUUCCGCUAAAUCGGCUACGCCUAUCCCUAAAGACGCGGAGAUAUUGGCUACUCCUGAAGAAGCAGAGAAAUCGGUUAACACUAAAGACACUGAGAAAUCGGCUACCCUUAAAAACACAGAGACUGCUUCUAAAAAGAUUGUGAAAUCUUCAAUCUGUGAAGGACAGAAACCAGAUGCCUCUAAAGAAAAUGAGAAACUGGCAGACAUAAAGCCAGCUGCAGCAGAAGGAGAGAAACAUGUCGCCUUUGAGGAUUACAAGCAAUUACCUUCUCUCAAAGAGUCUGUCCCAGUGGGGAGGAAACAGGAAGAGCCUAUGGAAAUAAGUUCGGAAAAGUCAACAGAUGUAAUUAUUAGGGGACAUGCCGAUAAAGGCUGGACAAAGAAGUCUGUUAAAAGUGGAGAGAAUUCUGAGAGCGAGCCUCAGAAGACUCAAACCUCAGAAGACUCAAACCGCAUAGACUGUAAUGCACCAUCAGAAAAACAGGCUACCAGCAAGAAGGCAUCAUCUCUCACUGAGGCUGAAGGUGAGACAGACAAAAGCCAGGACAAAGUAAUCAAGGAAGAUGCCACAACACAGGGAUGCCCUAAAGAGAAUGAGAAGGAAGAUGAUCAGGCUAAGAAAGAUGACAAAAUGGAGGAUGAUGGUGCUGAGAAAGAUAAUUUAACUGCAGCAGAGAAAACGUGUGAGGCAAAAGCAAGUAAAGGGUCUGAGAAUAAAGAGGAUGAAAAAAAGGAUGCAGGAACAACAUCAGAGAUUCAAGAGGAGGGGAUUCGCCUGAAAAUACGAGGGAUUACUCAUCGAAGGAGAGCUGAGCUCCAGAGAACGGAGAGGGACUCUGGGUCCGAUACUGGUGAGACUGGGAGAUCCCUGAGGAGGUCACCCAGGAUUUGCAGGCCAACCGCUAAGGGGGUGGAGUUCCAGGACAGGAGGCUGGAGAAAAAAGAGACCACGCCCCCUGAGGAGAAGGAGGACGAGGAGGAGGAAACUGUUCAGAGGAAACCAAGAGAAAAGGUUGAUCAAGAUGGACAGUCCAAAUCUAAGGGGCGACGGAGGAGAAAGACCCGGUGGUCCAACACUCGAACACGAAGGCGCAAAAAGAAUGGUUCUGGUGAUGACAAUGAAAGCGAGUCAAGCGAAGAGGAGAGUGAGGAGGACGACAGUGAUGAGAGCUUUAAGGUGGAGAAGGGCAAGAGGAGGUGGAAGAACCGGAACAGAGAAAGGCACAGCGACGACUCUGACACCUCCUCGGAUGAUGACCUCCCUCCUAACGAAGAUCCCUGCAAACACUGCGGCCUCCCCAACCAUCCCGAGCUGAUCUUGCUAUGUGACUCGUGUGACAGUGGCUACCACACGGCCUGCCUCAGACCCCCUCUCAUGAUCAUCCCAGAUGGGGAGUGGUUCUGUCCACCUUGCCAACAUAAGCUACUCUGUGACAAGCUUGAGGAGCAGCUUGCUAAUCUCGAUGCUGCCCUGAAAAAGAGGGAUCGCGCUGAGCGAAGAAAAGAACGUUUGGUCUAUGUUGGAAUAAGUGUCGAAAACAUCAUCACUCCCUCUUUGGAGGUAGAGGAAGAAAAGGAGGAAGAAAAGGAGGAAGAAGUGAAGAAACAGAAGAAAGAGAAGAAAGAGAAAAGCAAGAGCUGGGGUCGAAGGUCGACAAGGGCAAAGAAAAGCAUAAGUUAUAGGUUUGAUGAAUUUGAUGAGGCUAUCGAGGAGGCAAUUGAAGAAGACAUCAGAGAGGCUGAUGGUGGAGGAGCUGGUCGGGGCAAGGACAUGGCCAACAUCACAGGCCAUAGCAGAGGGAAGGACAUGUCCACCAUCCUGGCAGCAGGAGAGGUUGGUGAGGGCAAGGAGAAUGGACGCCCGCCACGGCCAAACGCCGGCCAGCGCAGGAAGAAGCGCCGGCGUCUCAACGACCUGGACAGCGACAGCACUGUGGAGGAGGAGGAAAGCGAGGACGAGUUCCGUCUCAGUGACAGUACGGAGGAAGAGGAGUUUGUGGCGUCAGACAAGAGCGACGCAGAGAGCGAAGCGGCAGUCGACUCUAACGACGACAGUGACUUCGGCAGCACGCGACGCAGAACUGCCAGGACACGGAGGCCGGCCAAAUCUCAAAGGAGCACUCGGCCGCGAAGGCGCCGCAGAGCGAGAGGGUACUCAGACGAUGAAGAGGAGGAGACGAGUGAUGAAGAUGAGGACGAAAUGAUGUCAGAGGGCUCCAGCGAGUUCAGUGACAGCGACCUGGACUGUAGCAAACGCCGAUCCCGCCGUAGUCAUACAAAGAAGCAGGUCAACUACUGCGAGUCGUCCGGCGACUCCGACGGCUCAAAGGCCGGCACCAACCGGGACAAAGUCAAACCGCGGAGGCGCCUCGCCAGCUCCGACAGCGAAGCAAGCUCCUCCAGAGGCUCGGACGUGGGCAAGAGGGAGAGGACUAGGUUGAAGAGGAGGGCUGACUCGUCUGAGGAAGAGUCCCAGCAGCGCCGCAGACGCCUCUCGCUGAAACGGAGGCGAGCCUCCGAGGAGGAUGAUGAUGAUGAUUCCGACGAAUCAUCGGAGGGAGAGCGUCCGGUCCGCAAGCGUGUGAACCGCAUUGACUCGGACGACUCUGACGAGGAGGAGAAGGAGGAGAAGGAAGAAACAAAGGAAGAGGAGGAAGGGGGUGUGCUGGGGAAGGGAGCCAGUCCGUUGGACUACAACCUGGUGGAGCUGCACCCCCCUACCAACGGACAGAGUCCCAUCAAGGCCCUGGAGGGCCUGGCUCACAUUGGGCCCCAAAAACCUGGAGCCACAGCCGUCACCAUAGCGCCCAACGGACUGGAGUUGGCGCCACAGGACGAUGAUGAGGACGACCUGCUGGGGGUCACAGACCUAGUGGACUUUGUCUGCAAUAGUGAUGUGUUGUAAAACCAAGUUGUACGUUUGUUCAUUUCUGUAGUAUUGUAUUUUUUUUAUAUUAUGUUUUUUUUCUCCACUGAAGUCGUCCACCGUUUAUUCCUGUCCUCUUGUGUUUUUUUUGUUUUUUCCCCCCAAUUCAUCCUCGUCCCCUCAGUGUGGCCCCAUCCAUCCAUAUGAACUGGAUGCCUUACGGGGAGAAGUUAAUUCUCUUCACUCUUCGCACCUCUCGCAGUUGGAUUGUACAGUCAUUGAGAGCACUAACUCUAAAGGUUGUUUUGUGGCACGUGAAUUAGCUUUGUCUUAUCCUCCAUACUUCGUCACCAAUGGACAUGCGGGUCAGAUACUUGACGACAAAUAAACCUACCUGUUUCUCCAGCCAACUUCCAGGGUUUCCUACUCAGGGGUAUGUCCACUACCCCACAUGACCCCACCAUACAAAGAAUCCAUCUCUCAACUUCAUGGUUUUGCUCAUCAGGCCCCAAACGGAAGAAUGCAGACAGAAACUGGGAGGGACUAACUAGACUUGUCCAAUAAACACUCAUUUUUGUUUUCUGUUGUGUGACUUAAUGAACACGACCCAUGAAAACCUGUUCUGCUGAGAAGCUCCUCAGUGUUCCUGCCUGGGAAAGAGGAUGUCUUAUUGUAGGAUAUAAUUAAUUGUUUGUAGGAAGUAGAUGUGUUUUAGCUCAGGUGGGCCUGAGCUUCAGCAAACAAAGGAAUGGAGGGGUGCUCAACAACGACAAAAGUCACGAGAAUGGCUGACCAAGAAUUCAUUUUUUUUUAUUGGUAAGCCAUUCUUGUAGAUUUGUAUUGUUUAGUCUGUAUACCUCUUGUAAGAUUUCUAAAUUUGUAUAUGAGAAUAGAAGAUGGCAGAGGUAAGGGGUCAAACUGCUUCCAUUUACAACUUAAAGUGACAGUUUUGUGGAUCA